AUGCUUCCUCUCUUAAUUCCCAUUUUCAAAAUUUCCCGGCGGCAAAGUGUUUGGGCCCGGCUUGUUGAGACUGGGUUAGCUUCUCGCUGUGAUAAACUCCGUUCUCGAAAGGCUACCCAGGAACUACAGACUGUACACACUGAGAGCCACUCGCUGGUGUUCGGUACCAACCAGAUCAACCGGGCCAAAGUCGAAGCCAGCCAGGUCAGUUUCGUGCGAUUAGCGUGCGGAGGCGUGGGUGUAGACCUGGAUACCACCUGGAACGAGCACCAUACGGCGGCUACCGCUCGGAUGGCCGCAGGUUGCGUGAUCAAUUUAAGCUAUAAGGCAGCAAAAGGGGAAAUCCAAAACGGAUUCGCCGUCGUUCGUCCACCGGGACGCCACGCGGAACCAAAUGCGGCCAUGGGUUUCUGUUUCUUCAAUUCGAUAGCCAUCGCAGCGCGUCUCCUCAGGCAGCGGUUACCGUCGGAAAUUCGGAGGGUACUGAUCGUCGAUUGGGACGUGCACCAUGGCAACGGAACGCAACAGGUAUUCUACGACGAUCCGAAUGUGUUGUACCUGUCGAUACACAGGCACGACGACGGGAACUUUUUCCCGGGAACCGGUGGGCCAACGGAGUGUGGAGCAGGUCCCGGCCUUGGGUUCAUUGUGAACAUCGCCUGGUCCGGGGGUUUGAAUCCACCACUGGGAGAUGCGGAAUACCUGGCCGCCUUCCGGACGGUACUGCCGUUCCCGGAGUGCUUGGAAAACUACUGA